AUGAGCUCCAGGGCCGGCCCGCGGCUGCACACGCUCCAGCGACACCUGGGUUCCCUGGAGUACAGAGGCAUGAAUCCAGUCAGCAGCCUGCUGACCACACACGUGCUGGACACUGCCUCAGGACUCCCUGCCCAGGGCCUCUGCCUCCAGCUCUCCAGGCUCGAGGACCAUGGCCAGCAAUGGACCAAACUGAGGAAAAGCUACACUGACCACGACGGCUGCUGUCCUGUGCUCCUGUCGCCUGGACAGAUGAAGGCGGACACCUACAAGCUGUUCUUCAAUACCAAGGGCUACUGGAAGAAAAGGAGACAGGAGAGCUUCUACCCGUAUGUGGAGGUAGUUUUCACCAUCACCAACGAGACCCACAAGUUCAACGUCCCCCUGCUGCUGAGCCCCUGGUCCUAUACCACGUGCCAUGGGAGUUGA